ACUAGAGCACUUGUCAGGCCAUCAGCUUGCAGAUGCACCAUGAGCCAUGAUAGUUGUACUGAAGUUCUAAGCAAUUUUUCUGGUGUUUAGACAGUUGCUUUAGUGCCUGAAUGUGGACUGUUUGUUUUGGAAUAGGUGACAUGUCAGCAGCAGUGCCAAAUGUUACAUUGAAAAUUGAUCCUCAGGAUCUUCAGAUCCAGACAUUUACAGUGGAGAAGCUGUUGGAACCAUUGAUAAUUCAGGUUACCACAUUAGUGAAUUGUCCACAAACCCCUUCUAAUAAGAAAAAAGGAUGUUCCAAAAGAGCCCGUGUCCUCCUAGCUUCUGUGGAAAAAGCCACUUGGAAUCUACUGGAGAAAGGGGAGAAAAUUGCUAAGGAAGCCAUUGUAUUUAAAGAGGAACUUAAUGCAGCACUUAAUGAUGUUCGUAAAGAGAGUGAAGCUUUAAGAGUAUCAGCAAAGGAAUUUACCAGUGAUCCCUGUUAUCUGCCUAAAAGGAAAUCUGUUGUUCAAGCAGCACGCUUCCUUCUGGCUGCUGUCACUAGACUUCUGAUUCUGGCAGACAUGAUUGAUGUGGCAUACCUAUUGCAACAUUUAACAGUGUUUCAAAGAACAUAUGAGUCUCUACGAAACGUGUCUAGUAAAUCUGAACUACAGAAAACCUACCAGAAGCUUGGGAAAGAUCUGGAAAAUCUAGAUUAUUUGGCCUACAGACGUCAACAGGAUUUGAAAUCUAGCAAUCAACGAGAUGAAAUUGCAGCAGCACGUGCUUCUCUGAAGGAAAAUUCGUCUCUUCUACAUUCAAUUUGUUCAGCUUGUUUGGAACAUUCAGAUGUUGCAUCCCUUAUAGCCAGCAAGGACUCAAUUUGCGAUGAAAUACAGAGCGCUCUCAAUGUCAUUUCUAAUGCUUCUCAAGGAAUUAGAAAUCAAAAGGUUCAUCCUACGACUCAUUCAGCUAUGCUAGGAAGUGCACUUGAUGAGCUUGAGAGUUUAAUCAUAUUGGAUCCACUUACAAUGAAUGAAGAAAAAAUAAGGCCAUCACUAGAGAAACGUUUGGAAGGGAUUAUCAGUGGGGCAGCACUGUUAGCUGACUCUUCCUGCACACGUGACUUUCAUCGAGAACAAAUAAUCACAGAGUGCAACGCCAUCCGCCAAGCUCUCCAAGAUCUUCUGUCUGAAUACAUGAAUAAUGCUGACAAGAAAGAGAGGAGUAAUGCCCUGAAUAUAGCAAUAGAUAAUAUGUGCAAGAAGACAAGAAACCUUCGCAGACAGCUUCGGAAAGCUAUUAUAGAUCAUGUCUCAGACUCCUUCUUGGAUACCACUAUUCCACUUCUAGUUCUCAUUGAGGCUGCUAAAAAUGGAAGAGAAAAGGAAAUAAAGGAAUAUGCUGCUAUAUUUCAAGAACACACCAGCAGGCUUGUGGAGGUGGCUAAUCUUGCUUGUUCACUAUCAACUAAUGAAGAUGGAAUUAAAAUUGUCCAAAUGGCAGCUAAUCACAUAGAGACUUUGUGCCCACAGGUUAUUAACGCAGCUUUAGCUCUUGCUGCCAGACCAAAAAGCCAGGUGGUAAAAAACAGCAUGGAAAUAUAUAAGAGCACAUGGGAGAAUCGCAUACAUGUUCUUACUGAAGCUGUGGAUGACAUUACAAGCAUUGACGAUUUUCUUGCUGUAUCAGAAGGCCACAUUCUGGAGGAUGUAAACAAGUGCAUCCUUGCACUGAGAGAACAGGAUGCUGAUGAUUUAGACCGUGCAGCCGGUGCCAUCCGAGGGCGUGCUGCAAGGGUGGCUCAUGUUGUCUCUGGUGAAAUGGAUAGUUAUGAGUCUGGGGUUUACACUGGAGGAGUGAUGAAAAAUGUUCAAUAUCUGACAAAUACUGUGAUUCCAGAGUUUGAUACUCAAGUCAAUAUUGCACUGGAGGGCUUAAGCGGGAACACAAUGCAUCAGUUUGAUGACAGUCAAUUUGUGGACAUCUCAAAGAAGGUCUAUGAUACAAUUCAUGACAUCAGAUGUUCAGUCAUGAUGAUUCGGACGCCGGAGGAAUUGGAAGAUAUAUCGGACCUUGAAGAAGACUACGAUGCACACAGUCGUACCAGUGUUCAAACUGAAGGGAAAACUGACAGGGCUAAGAUGACUCAGCUGCCAGAGGCUGAAAAAGAAAAGAUAGCUGAGCAAGUGGCUGACUUCAAGAAAGUCAAAAGGAAGCUUGAUGCAGAGAUUGAAAUAUGGGAUGACACCAGCAAUGACAUCAUAGUUUUGGCUAAGAGGAUGUGUGUGAUUAUGAUGGAGAUGACAGACUUCACAAGGGGCAGAGGCCCACUGAAGAAUACAUCUGAUGUGAUCAACGCAGCAAAGAUGAUUUCAGAGUCUGGAUCCAGGAUGGAUGUGCUGGCGCGACAGAUUGCUAACCAGUGUCCAGACCAAUCAUGUAAACAGGAUGUAUUGGCUUACCUGGAACAGAUCAAGCUCUAUUGUCACCAGCUCAAAAUCUGCAGUCAAGUUAAAGCAGAAAUUCAGAAUCUCGGUGGAGAGUUCAUCAUGUCUGCUUUGGAUAGUGUCACUUCACUAAUUCAGGCUGCCAAAAACUUAAUGAAUGCUGUGGUGCAGACAGUGAAGAUGUCCUAUAUUGCCUCCACUAAGAUCAUCAGAAUUCAAAGUCCUACUGGCCCACGACAUGCUGUUGUGAUGUGGAGGAUGAAGGCUCCAGAAAAGAAGCCCCUGAUUAAAAGAGAGAAGCCAGAGGAAAUCUAUGCAGCUGUCAGAAAAGGUUCUGCUAAGAAAAGGAUCCAUCCUGUUCAAGCUAUGAGUGAAUUUAGAGGAAGAGCAAUAAUCUAAAAUUACUAUUUUGCCACUGUGCACAUUUCAUACCUUGCAACUGCUCGUAUGGCAUCUUUAUUUUUCCACUUGUUUAAUUCUAGAAGUAUGCUAAUAUUUGGAAAUGCUCUUCUUUUUGUAUGUUUAACAUUAGCGGUAGGGUAUUUCAUCUUUAAAAACAGAUAUUUAAAAUGCAGAUUUGAUUAGUUAAUAGUAUACCAUUUAAAAUAACCUUUUAAAAAAUCAUCUUAUGUUAUUGCUCACUUUUACAAAGCCUUUUUUUUGCAGCUGAGCAUUUUGAAUGAUAGGUUAGGAUGCUGUGUUAUAACAAGAGUUAGCCUUCAUGUAAUUGAAAGGCAAGGCACAAGGAGUCAACUUCAUCACUGGUGUAACUCUCUUGACUUCAGUGGGGUUACACCAAAGAUGAAUGUGGCCUGACAGUUUUAUAUUCAGAGCGCUUUAUGACAUACAGGCUUCUGUGGGUAGGAUAUAUUGGGCCAUCUCCUUAGCUGGCCUAAAUCACAGGAAAUGUACUGAGUUACACCACAUAGGGAUCUAGCCCAUUCACUUAUCUAAAUUGAAAGACAUUUUAAAAGAUUUUUCUUCAUAAACAUUAGGUAUAAACAAAAAUGGAAUAAAAAUUUUAAAAUAUUUGGCAGAACAAAAGGUGGAUUGUAACAAUGGGGGUUGUAAUAAUAUAAUAUAAAAUAGAGCUGAUUGUAAUGAAACUAUAGCAAUAGUAAUAACUCUAAAAUUUAAAGAGCUCUUUGAAACUUUUAUAUUAAUCCACAUUCUGCUUCCUGGCCUGCUCUAUGAUUGUCACGCAUCUUCGUAAGUCCUAAUAAAUCAGGUAAUAACGAAAUUAUUUUAGAUUAUUUUGUUAAAAGAAAGAAAAGAAAUAAUGGUAAAAAUGAGACAAAGAAACAUAUGACUGGUCCUGACAUCAAGGAGAGGUGUAAAUGUUCAGGAAGUACCCUAUAAAUAUCAGUCUUUGCAAGAUAACUGCAGUGGAUUAAACUACGUGUCCAUGGCACCAAACAGCACAACUAAAUUAGUUGUAGCCAGCUUGCUAAAUUACUAUAUUUCAAAGUAUGCCAUGAAGCUAAAAGUGGUGUUAAUUGUUAAAAUUAUCACCUUAUUCCUAUAAAACAUUCAGUGAAAUAAACUAUUUUCAAGCAAAUGCAAAUCUUAGCCUAUGUUCACAAUGAAUUUGUGACCAUGAGCUGACGUGAGUCAUACAGCUACAUAGCCAGGAGCUUCCCUUCGUGCCCAGUCAUCCACAUGGCUCACCCUAUGUCCUCGGCAUCAGUGCUUAGCUAAAACACCUUUGGCUAAAAGGAUUGGUGGUCCACCUCCUCCCGUCGCUGUGUGUUAGUGUCUGCCUGGGAAUCCCCUCUCAUUCCACACCUUCAUGAUGAAUAAGAUCGCUGCUUCUUCCUCAAGCAGAUUUUUCCGGAAGCCAAACACUAUGUCUGCUGCCUAUCCACACUUUAUUAAAAUGUUACAGAGAACAGGAUGAGCCAGUUCCUUUCCCCCAUAGGGGAGGAUGGUCAGGGAAAAUAUUCCCCCCACCUUCUGAAGCCAUCUUGUAACUAAGCUCAGGGUCAUGACACAUCAUAACCCCAAGGGUGUUUGCUAAGCACCCCCAUUAGUACUCUAGCAAACAGUUACUAGGGAUAAUGAGGUUUGUUGUCUCUCAGAUUAGUUACUUAGGCCCAGAUUCUCAAAGGUAUUUAGGUGCCUAACUCAAAUGAGGGAGGUGGCUAAAUAUCUUUGAGAAUCUGGGCCCAGGUGGCUACAGAGAUGAAAGAGGUAUGGGGAGGCUGGCACAAGCUUGCCUCUUCACCCCCUCAAAGCAUUUAAUGGUGUGGAGAGCAGCCCAUAGCGCUUAGCAAGGUGAAUGGGCACCUGCCGUUCCUUGUAGUUCUAGCGAGAAGGGGGUCAGCUGUAUUGGACAUUCUUCGUGGAGUUUUGCAUUUUGGAACUCAGGUUCUCUUCCAGCCCCUGAGAGCAGAACUAUACAAGGUUAAGUUUGUGCAUCUACCACCCGGUGGGGGGAGGGGGUCACACAGUCAUCCACACUGUCCUUUCAAUAAAGCCUUUAGCCUCUUUGAGGCGUGCAUUUGUUAUGGGUCACUUUGGUAUCAGAUGUUUGUAAUUAAUCAUGACUUCAGGAAUCACAUUAAUAAUAAAAAGCAUGUGGCACACCCCAAA